AUGCCGCGCGCACUUCGCAUCGAUUUCGAAACGGGCGGCAAAUUCGUGGCCUCGGCGGAAGCGCAGGACCUGGCCCGCAUCGCCAAUCGGUCGGUGCCCGAGCUCAGGACCCAUGAUAGCUCUGGCAAUCGCAUCGACCAGGUUGACUUUCAUCCCAGCUGGCACGCUUUGAUGCGCCGCGGCGUGGCCUCCGGGCUGCAAGGCUCGGUAUGGGAAGGCAAGCGCGAGGAAGCAGGCUUUGCCCAUCAGGCGCGCGCCAUUCGUUUCUUUUUGACCGCGGGUCUCGAAUGCGGCCAUUUGUGCCCGCUGACCAUGACCAACGCCUCGAUUGCCGCCAUCAUGGCCUCGCCGCGCAUCGAAAAGGCCUGGGCGCCGCAGGUAGUCUCGCGGCGGUAUGAUUCGAGCCAUCGCCCGGCGAUGCAGAAAUCCGGUGUCACCAUCGGCAUGGGCAUGACCGAGAAGCAGGGCGGCACCGAUGUGCGCGCCAACCAGAGUGUUGCCACCCGCGCAGGCGAGGGGGUUUACCGCCUCUCUGGCCACAAAUGGUUCAUGUCGGCUCCGAUGUCGGACGCCUUUGUCAUGCUGGCACAGACCGGCAAGGGCUCAACCGAGCAGGUGAGCUGUUUUCUGGUGCCGCGCAUUUUGGAAGACGGAAGCCUCAACGGCCUGCGGUUGCAGCGGCUGAAAGACAAGCUCGGCAACCGCUCUAACGCGUCGUCGGAAGUCGAGUUCAGCGAUACUUUCGGCUUUUUGCUUGGCGGCGAAGGUGAGGGGAUCCGCACCAUUCUCGAUAUGGUGACGCUGACCCGGCUUGAUUGCGCGCUGGCGUCCGCCGGUAUGAUGCGCGCCAGCCUUGCCGAAGCCGUGCAUCAUUGCCGCCAUCGCCGGGUGUUUGGCGAGUUGCUGAUAGAUCAGCCGCUGAUGGCGCGGGUGCUGGCCGAUCUGGCGCUCGACACGGCUGCGGCAACAGCACUUUCGAUGCGUUUGGCGCGCGCCUUUGACAAUGCUCGCGACAACCCCUCCGAGGCCGCCAUCGCCAGGCUGCUUACCCCGGUGGUCAAAUACUGGGUCUGCAAGAUCGCACCGUCCGUCAUCUAUGAAGUGAUGGAGUGCAUGGGCGGCAACGGCUAUGUCGAAGAGCGCGCGGUGGCGCGGCACUAUCGUGAAGCCCCGGUUAACGCAAUCUGGGAAGGCUCGGGCAAUGUCAUGUCGCUCGAUGUGCUCAGGGUUCUCACCCGUGGCCGCGAUUUGCUGGAAGUGGCGCUGGAAAGCAUCAACCGUGAUCUCGGCGCCGCCGGGCCGCGUACCGUUGAUGUGCUGCGCGCUUGCAUGGCCGUGGCCGAGAGCGAUGAGGGAGCGGCAAGGCUGCUGACCGAGCAGCUGGCGCUUGCCGCUGCUGCCGCCGAAUUGACCCGCCUGGGCGCCGGCCAUGUUGCCGAAGCCUUUGUCGAAACCCGUCUCGGCGGCGCCUGGCGCUCGACCUACGGCAUGCUUGACGCGCGCUUUGACGCGCGUCAGAUUGUCGAUCUUCUCUACCCGCCUGAUCAGCUUCAGCAGCACCGGUGUCAGCACCGCGGGUCCGGGACGAAGCGCGUCGGUGAUCUUCAACCCGGCUCCGACCAUCAGCAUGCCAAGGCCCAGAGCGGAACGAGCGAUCAGGUCGAUGGCCUGUUCGACGGGCGGAUAGAUGCCGAUAGACGAAGCAUUGACGAGAAUGCCUGCGAGACAACCCAGAAUCAGUGGAUUGCCGGCAAUCCGCUUGACCAGCGUCGCCAUGCUGCGUCCGCCGGUUCCGUACCAGACCAGCAUGAUCACGUUGAUGAAAUUGAGCGGGAUGACGAUCAGCGCAAGCACCAGCGCGACAAGGUCGUGAAGCUUGCAUUGGACAUCCCUCUUGCCCUCGCGAUCGGAUGCAGCGCCAGCAGCAGCACGGUCAUGAUCGCUACAGCGCCUAAAGAUACCAACGCCAUGGUGCCGAGUUCUAUGCCGGAAAAAUCCGCAGUGGCCAGGGGCGGUUUGAGCAUGGCCGGACUGACCCUGUUCAGCGACGCGGGUCUUGUCGAGACGGCGGUGAUGGCCAUGCAGUCCAUCGGCCUGUCGCCGGUGGGGCAAAGCGUCGUCUUCGGGCUUCUGGGUGGUUUUAGCGCGGCGUCAGCCGGGUUGUUGCUGUUUUCAAUGAUGUUUUAUGUGUUUGGCGAAGAGCGUGAGCAGCGCGAAGCGCGGCCAUUGGCUCAAGGAGCAGUCGCCUGCACGGCGCUUUCGGCCAUGUUGACAGCUCUGGUGUUCCUGGCCGGCGGGCAGGCGGGCGCGCUUCUGGCGCUGCAAUUCGGCGCGCUUGGCGGCUUGUUCCUGACCGUUAUGUCGCUCGGCCAGUCACAGAUAGAGCCUGAUCGGGAAACCGAAGAGGAGGCGAGUGAUCUGGACCAGGUGUUUCUCGCGCUCUGGAUCAUGCCGAUCAUCCUGCUCGGAAGCUGGUACGGCCUGUCCUACUACGACAUCAGUUUCGGCUACCGCAUCCUGACCCGUGACCUGCACGAUCUGGUUUUCCAGAUUUACGGCAAUCUGCUCGGAAUUCCCCCGGAGACCAUCCCGGCCCUUGUGCUCAAGGCGAUCAUUUUCGACACCUUCCUGGUCGUCGGAUUCAUCAUCCUCAAGCGUCGCCGCAGGCAGAUCUGGGCCGCCAUUCGCAAGAUGCUCGGAUGGACGGACACCUCCGACGAGCCGAUGCAGACAUCCGCUCGGGCCGACUCAGAGAUGAAGCUGGCGGCCGCCGAAUCAAUCCGUUCCUUGCGCUUCUUGCGCAAUGACCGCAAGGACGCGGUCAAAGAUGUCACCCAUAUCCUGCUCACCCACGGCCACGCCGACCACAUUGGCGACACCGCCGCCAUUGCCAAGGAAAGCGGGGCGGUGGUGCUGUGCAACUACGAUCUCGGUAUCUGGCUCGGCCAUCAUCAGGGCGUGGACAAGCUCGAGAUGGGCAACACCGGCGGCACCAUCUCGCUGGGUGAUUUCUCGGCCACCUUCGUCAACGCAUUUCAUUCCUCGGCCCAGAUCACCGAAGACGGCGUGUCGCACUCGCUGGGUUCGGCCAACGGCCUGAUGCUGCAUUUCGAUGACGAGCCGGGCCUCCUGCACAUGGGCGACACCGACAUCUUCUCCGACAUGGCGCUCAUCAAUGAGCUGCACCGGCCGGAAAUCGGCAUCGUACCGAUCGGUGACCGCUUCACCAUGGGCGGUGCUGUCGCAGCCCUUGCCUGCCGCCGCUACUUCUCCUUCGCCAAGGUCUUGCCUUGCCAUUACGAUCUUGCCACCGUCAAACGCGUUGCGCACCUGGCCCGCAUUGCGGUCACCGACGAGGAAGCCGCCCGCAUGGAAGGCGAACUCAACACCAUCCUGGGAUUUGUCGAACACCUGUCGGAAGUCGAUGUCGACGGCGUCGAGCCGAUGACCUCGGUUACGCCGAUGGCGAUGAAGAAGCGCGCCGAUGUGGUCACCGAUGGCUCCAAGGCGGACGAUAUCGUCGCCAACGCACCCGAAAGGGCCGACAAUUUCUUCGUGGUGCCGAAGGACGAGGUGAAGACGCUGGUUACGGCGCUCGAUGCGCAUCUGGCGCCGCUGGCACCGGCCGAGUUCAAUUUCGGACUUGAUCUGGACGAGAUGGCUGCCGACGACACCGCCGUCUUUGUCGCCCGCAAUGGCGACGGCAAGGCGGUGGGGAUCGGCGCCCUCAAGCUCAUCGGCCAGUACGAGGGCCUUCAGCUAGGCGAGAUCAAGCGCAUGUUUGCCGAUCCCGCCGUACGCGGCCAGCGCAUCGGUUCGGCCUUGCUUGAGGCGAUCCAGACACGCGCCCUGUCGCUCGUUGUCCGCAUGACCGACCUCAUCCGCCUGACCAUCGCCGAAGCCCGUGACGAAAUGGGCAAGGGCGCGCUCUCCAGCGUCGAGCUGACUAUCCGCCUGACCAUCGCCGAAGCCCGUGACGAAAUGGGCAAGGGCGCGCUCUCCAGCGUCGAGCUGACUGACGCCUAUCUGACCGCCAUCGAGGCCGCCAACCCGGCGAUCAAUGCCUAUGUGAAGGUCACCGGCGACAAGGCGCGCGAGAUGGCGAAAACCUCCGACGCCCGCCGCGCGGGCGGCCAGGCCGGCGCGCUUGAAGGCAUUCCGCUCGGCGUCAAGGAUCUUUACGCCACCGAGGGUGUCCACACCCAGGCUUGCUCCCACGUACUCGAUGGCUUCGAGCCGCGUUACGAAUCCACCGUCACCGCCAAUCUCUGGGCCGAUGGCGCCGUCAUGCUGGGCAAGCUCAAUAUGGACGAAUUCGCCAUGGGCUCGUCCAACGAGACGUCCUAUUACGGCCCGGCAAUCAACCCCUGGCGUGCCGAAGGCUCCAACGCCAAUCUGGUGCCCGGCGGUUCCUCUGGUGGUUCGGCUGCAGCUGUCGCUGCCCUGAUGUGCGCCGGCGCGACUGCGACCGACACCGGUGGCUCGAUCCGCCAGCCCGCGGCCUUCACCGGCACCGUCGGCAUCAAGCCCACCUACGGCCGCUGCUCGCGCUGGGGCAUUGCCGCCUUUGCCUCGUCGCUCGACCAGGCGGGCCCGAUCGCCCGCGACGUCCGCGAUUCAGCCAUCCUGCUCAAGUCGAUGGCAUCCGUUGACGCCAAGGACACCACCUCUGUCGAUAUGCCGGUUCCCGAUUACGAAGCAGCCCUUGGCGGUUCGGUCAAGGGCCUCAAGAUCGGCAUCCCGCGCGAGUACCGGAUCGACGGCAUGCCGGAAGAGAUCGACACGCUCUGGCAGAAGGGCAUUGCCUGGCUCAAGGAGGCCGGCGCCGAGAUUGUCGACAUCGAGCUGCCGCAUACAAAGUAUGCGCUGCCGGCCUAUUACAUCGUCGCCCCUGCCGAAGCCUCGUCCAAUCUGGCGCGCUAUGACGGUGUUCGCUACGGUCUGCGUGUGCCCGGCAAGGACAUUGCCGACAUGUAUGAGCAGACCCGUGCGAGCGGUUUCGGCCAGGAGGUCAAGCGCCGCAUCAUGAUCGGUACCUAUGUGCUGUCCGCCGGUUACUACGACGCCUAUUACCUGCGCGCCCAGAAGGUGCGCACCCUGAUCAAGCGCGAUUUCGAACUCGCCUUCGAGGCGGGCGUCGAUGCCAUCCUGACACCCGCCACGCCGUCCUCUGCCUUCGCCAUCGGCGACGAGAGCCUCGCCAGUGAUCCGGUCAAGAUGUACAUGCAGGACGUCUUUACAGUGACCGUCAACAUGGCAGGUCUGCCGGGCAUCUCGGUGCCCGCCGGCCUUGAUCACAAGGGUCUGCCGCUCGGCCUGCAGUUGAUCGGUCGUCCCUUCGAGGAAGAAACCCUGUUCAAGACCGCCCACGUCAUCGAACAGGCCGCCGGCCGCUUCGAAGCCAAGCCCUGGUGGCGGGAUCUUGCCGAGAUCGGUCUGGCUGCGUGGGAAAAGGCAAUCCGCGUCUGGGGCGAGGAUGCCGAGCGUCUGCGCGAAAAUGCCCGGGAAGCCUAUUAUGACUUCUGCACCCGUUGCUGGCCUGAUAUCCUGGUGGCCGAAUGGGAUGGCGAUGUUGCCGGCUGGGGAUCGUGUGAAAAGGCCGAUGAUUUCAUCACCGAUCUCUGGGUGCUGCCGGAAUUUCAGAACCAAGGCCUCGGGUCGGCUCUGCUGCAGGAAAUCGAAGCCGGCAUCCUUGAGCGCGGCUUCCCCGCGGCACGGCUCGAUACCCACGCCCGAAAUCUGGCCGCCAUCCGGCUUUUCAAACGCCUGGGGUAUCGGGUCAAAACCUAUUUUGUCACCUACUCCGAUCCUCUUGAUGAAGACAUCGACAAGGUCGAGAUGAUCAAGGAGUUCGAGCCUGACAGCGAGCCGGUUGAUCCCGGCACCGACGACUACAGCCUCUACGACAAUUGA